AUGAUAAAGUUCCCGCAAAACGUCUCCAAGCUGUUUCGCCCGGGGCCGCCAUUGCAGUAUAAAAAGCCUGUGGACUACCCAGUUGAAGAGAGAAAGACGGCGAACAAAAUCCAAAGCUUAUCUGGAUAUCUCGGCGCACUUGAUACAUAUCGCUCAGAGCAUCCAGAGGGUUCCGAGAACGGUCACUUAGACGCUUACAAUGCUGCAGAGAAUGCGCGGCAAGUGGAGGCAAAAGCACUUAACGCUAAACUUGCAAUUUGGAACCCAGACGAAGAUCCGAAUAUCGCUGAUAGUGACCCUUACAGGACAAUUUUUGUAGGGAGACUGCCGUUUGCUGUCACAGAGGUCGAGCUUCAAAAGGAGUUCGUUCGGUUCGGAGAGAUUGAAAAAGUGAGAGUUGUCAGAGACAAGACCUCCAACAAGAGCCGCGGCUACGGCUUUAUCAUGUUUAAAGACGAGAUUUCGGCAAGGUCAGCCUGCCGCGAGAUUGGUGUACACCGCGGAGUCCAGAUUGGAGGCCGGCCAGUAAUCGUCGAUAUAGAGCGUGGCAGGACUGUCAAAUACUUCACGCCGCGGAGGCUGGGGGGCGGCCUCGGCGGUCGCGGAUACAUGAAGAGAGAUAAACUAGCCAAACUGGCAAGCGCUGUUGCGAAAGACGAGCCUAAGACAACGCCACGGGGCCCUCCACCAUCAAGUUUCCCGUCUGGUCCAAGAAGCCGGUUCAAUGCUUACAGCGGCGCCCCUGCAAGAGCAGCACCUCCUCCAGAAAGGGCACCCGCCUAUCGUUCCAGGCAAAACCGUACAAGCAGAUUCCAAGGAUUUAGACCCGACUACUAG